AUGAAUAUUAAUCUAGAUACAGCAAAGGAUGUUCUUUGUAAAAACGUUUUGAUUUAUGGAUAUUGCAAGUAUCAGGAUAAAGGAUGCGCUUUUAGUCAUCAUAAACUGGCAGGAAUGCAAUCGGGUGGAAGUGGAAAUAAUCAUGGUCAGGGACAAGAGUUGGAUUCACAGUUGCCACAGUCACAGUUGGGCCAGCAACAGCAACAACCACUGUUGCAAUCGCUGCAUCACCAAUUGAAAUCAAAACCUUCAAGAUCCCGAUUACAACAACAGCAGCAGCAGCAGCCUCAAGUUCCUCCUCCUUCGUCAACUGCAUCUACCAAAUCAAUCGAAUCAAGUGGUGGAAGAAGAAAAUUCAACAUUGAAACCCCAUUGUUUCAGCCAAGUGGUGGAGGCAAUGAUAAAUUGAUUAACAACAUAACUUCUAAAUUUUCAAAUUUAUCUCCAACUGUCAAAGAUGCACCUGUGUUUCGACCGGAGUCACAAUCGUCUUUUCAUGAUCAAGAUGGGAAUCAAAUGCCCCCUCAACUGCAACAGCAAUUGAAUAACCUGUCAGGACUUCCCUUUGGUACAAAAAAGUUCAAUGUUAGUACGCCAUCAUUUACUCCAUCCAACUUUGACUUUUCUCAGGGUGUGAUGGCAUCGGGUCCUACUUCUAGUCCAGUAUCUCAACAGAACCCACCGCAACAACCUCAACAUUUUCCAAGUCUACUGCAGGGAUUUACACCUAAUGGACCUUCAAGUGCUAGAUCGUUAGGAGGGAUCGUACAACCGCAACAACCUUCGUCUAAUCCAUAUCUCCAGAAUGCACCUAGUCCAAUGGGUCUGGCAAGCCAAGGACAAAUGUCACAAUCGUCUUUAAUGAAUUCAGCACCAUCUAUGUCGGCCAGUUUUUUCCCAUCGCUGCAAAAUCAGCUUCACCAUCAAGGACCUGGACCUGGACCUGGACCAGGUGGGUCCGCUGUAUCACAAAUGCCACCACCUCCACCACAGUCGCAACAUCAACAUCAACAUCAGCAACAUCAGCAAGCUCCAGUGUACCCAUUACAGUAUCACUUGUAUGCCCCUGCUCCACCACCAAGAUUAUCAGUGCCAAUAAAAGAUUAUGAGACUAAUGCAUUAAAGAUGUUUAUCCCCAAUGAUUUACGAGAAAAUUCACAUCGGAAAAAUGAAGCAAGUUUACAAACACUCCAGCAUCUGAAUUUACCGGAACAUGUCAAUUCCUACCAUUCGUUAGUCCCUAUUGAUACCUCCUAUGAUGCUAUAAGUAAAAUUUGGCCCGGUAAAAACAGUCUCUUGUUCAAAUGUUAUUCAAAUACUGAUGGAAAUUUAUAUGUGUUGAGAAAAAUCGAGCCUUGUAAUGAAGUUGCUGAUGAAGCUUCAUUCAAGAGUAUUAAGCAGUGGCAAACGCUUGGUGCAAAUGCUAAUAUUGUGGCAAUUAAAGAUGUGUUCACCUCAUUGGCAUUUAGUACAAUCAGUGGAACGAAAGUUGAGAAUUCCACUGCUUUAUGUUUUGUUUAUGACUACUACCCUACCCUGAAAACCUUGUUGGAACACCAUAAAAAAUCGUUGAGGGUUGAACCAGUGAGUGAAGAUCUUUUGUGGUCAUAUCUUGUUCAAUUGGUUAAUGCAUUGAAAGAUAUACAUGGUAAAGGUUUGAGUGCUGGGUCGUCUAUGGAAGUCAGCAAAAUUAUAAAUACUGGUGGCAACAAGAUAAGAUUGAGCAGUUGCGGGAUUAGUGACGUCUUGGACUACGGCAAACCUGAUAAGCUUGAUGUGGAACAGCUUCAACGCCAAGAUAUAAAGAACUUAGGCAAAGUUAUGUUAGACUUAAGUUCAUUGUUGCUUCCAGUAAAUCUAAGAUCAAGCCAGGAAGAGGUAUUGGUGAGAAACCUUUCCAAUUCAACCAGUUUAAGCGAGGAAUUCAUCAAGGCUCUACAAGCUUUGAAUACAGUAUCUGCCUUGGACGAUGAUGCACCAGGUUUUGAUUUGAAACAAUUCAUAAGUGAUUAUUUAAUUGACAAGACAUUUUCCACCGUCAAUAGUUUACAAAACUCGGCUGAUUAUUUUGAACUGCAAUUAACUUCAGAAUUGGAAAAUGCUCGUUUGUUUAGAUUAUUAACCAAGAUCAAUUUUGUGGUCAACACCAGCGCUGCUGGAGGAGAAAAUGAAGUCAGCAAGUUAUCGUUAAGUGAUGCCAAUCAAAUUAAAGUUAUUCAAUUGUUUCAACAAAAUUUAUUUCAAUUUUUUGACCAUAAUGGAAAUAGAUCUAUUAAUUUGCAUAAAGUAUUGGUCAACUUGAAUAAAUUGGAUUGUGGCGUUGAUGAGAAAUUACUAUUGGUGAAUGAAAAUGAAUGUAUUAUUGUUAGUUAUAAAGAGAUGAAGGAGCUUAUUGAUUGUCAGUUUAGGCAGUUGAAGAAUUAG